CCAGAUGGCGUUUCUCUGACGAGCCAAUGGCUUUCAGGAUUUUAUAGAGAGCUCUGUGGGUACGGCACUCUGACGCAGUUAAUGACGUCACCAGGACGCUCUUUGCAGUGAAGGAUCAGACUGUUGAAGGCAAGUGACCUGAGCAGGUGUGAGAGCGUUAUAACCGUUUAUAAAGAGUUAAUAACACGGACACAACACUGUGUCUGAAUUCACCUUUCAUCUGUUCAUCUGACUUAAUUGAACUAAAGAAUGAGCUCGAACAUGAACUGGUCAGCUGAUGAGGGUCAGUCCUCCAAGUUAAUGAGGAAGGCAAAAGAGUCUCCAUUUGUCCCUAUAGGGAUGGCAGGCUUCCUUGGGGUCGUAGCGUACGGACUGUACAGACUGAAAGCUCGUGGAGACAUGAAGAUGUCUGUCCAUCUGAUUCACAUGCGGGUCAGAGCUCAGGGCUUUGUGGUCGGCGCCAUGACACUCGGUGUGAUGUACUCCAUGUAUAAGGAAUAUCUGGCUCCGGGUGAGAAGUGACGCCACGGCGCUGUUCUGUGUUUAAACGCCAUUUAUUUCUUCAUUUUCACUUGAACACCAAACAACCAGCUGCACUUUACUUUCAGCACUUUUAUCACCACUCAGAUAUAUAAUAUACACACAGUUCAGGUACUUAAUCAUUUUUAGAUAGAAUUUUCACCACGUUCUUUCAGCUUACAGUUGGCUCCAAAAGUAUUGGCACCCUUGGUAAAGAUGAGUGAAAUGUCCUUUUGGUUUUGAGAAAUAUUUUCUGCAAUAAGGAUUGUUUUUUACAAUAAAUCUAAAUUUACUUGAAUUCAAGGUGAGACUUUGCUCAUCUUUCAGUGUGAGAUCAUUAAACAAACACACACACACACUUUCACCCAUCUUUAUCUUUACCAAUAUUUCUGGAGCUGAGUGUAAAAUAAAUUUUCUGUGCAGCACUAAUGAGUGUGUCGAUGUUGAUUUAUCGUAUCGUGUACUCUGUAUCACUCACAGUUCCAGUCUUUAUGCAGGAAACUUGAGCAUCUUCUGGUGUUUUUAGUGAAAUUAAAAAAUGUUCUACUUUAAGUUGCAUUGAUUUUGUGAGGGUUUCUCUCUGAGCUCAUAUAAUAAUUAAUAAUAAUAUAUAUAUAUUUCUGCUGUCUCACAUGAACAUUGUUUGGUGAAAACCUAUUAAAAUUAUUACACUUUAAUAAA